AUGACUUGUAGACGUGCUAGAGUGAGAUGUGACGAAAAACAUCCGAUAUGUGAAAGGUGCAAUCGUCUCGAGUUAGAUUGUUCAUACCAGCCAUUUGUUUCUCGAAAGGAAAGGGAACGACGGCAUCGAGAAGCGAGAGAAAGGACAAUUCCAGUUCAGAUCAUCCCAAAUGUCGUUGCAUCCCUACCACAUCCGAGACCGGCAGAUGUCAACGAAUUUCUCCAUGCUGUGGAAGAUGAAGCAUUUCCUGACAUGUGGAGCAUGCAUGAAUGGACGACCAAUAUGGGACAUGGAUUCAUCUUACCCGAAGGUUCCUUCAAUCUCGAGACAUUUGACGGACUAGCGCCAGGGAACAAGGACACUUACACUAAUAGUCCUUCAUCGCCGUUCCAACCUUUAAGAGCUCUUGACCUUGUGGGUCGAGAUAAUGUUGUGUUCCAGGAUGACUAUUAUGCUCAAGGAUGCGUCACACUUCAUUUCCCAAAUUUACGUCAUUCGAGUCCCUUGAAACUCUCACCAUCAGAGAAACGGGCUGUUGAACACUACGAGAAGACAUUAUCAUUGAAGUUUACCACCAAAAACCCCACCUGGUCAACCCAGCAAAUAUAUAUUUGUCUCGGCGCCCAAGAUCCUCUAAUUAUGCACUUGUUGCUUGCGAUAUCAUUUCGUGACUUGUUUUUCAAAGAUAAAGAUAAUGCACUUCACGACCUUGCCCAAAAUCACUUUCGAGCUGGAAUUGGUCGUUUACUGACAGCUAUCUCCGAAGAAAAAUCACCACACCACUUGAGCAUCAUGGCGGCUUUCUGGUUCUUAUAUAUGCUUGGAUCAAGUCAAAUUCAUGCGGGUAUCGGUACGAUGAUGCUCUUGAGCAGAGUUGUGUGCGAUUAUGUGCAAAAGCAUGUAGCGGGUCUUCUAGAUCUAGAUCCACUCAAUAAGCGACACGCAAAUCCUCCAUUACCUUUCCACCUUCGUGAUCAAUCGUUACUAGCCCGAGUCACAGUUUGGAUGUUUUACGCCGAUGUUGGAUUUUGCUUUUGCUACCGUGGUGGGGAUCUCGCAAGAUAUCUUUGCACCGACACCAAGAAUAUAUCCAAAAUCGUCGACAUGGGCCGUGCUGUUCUUGCUCUGAACUUUGACCAAGACUAUCCACCAGAUCAGGCAGCUGAUGACACUCAGAAUCUUGAAGUGCUAGAUCUUUUAUGGAAGUCAGCAAUAAUGUGUCAGCUGGUGAAUGACCUUGAUCAAAACAUCCCAUCAGACGAGAUAGAACAACAAUUCUGUGAACUCGAGCAAACUUACAGCUCUAUAUUCGAACUUGCUGCAAUAGAUCUGGAAACUCGUCCAAGAUUUCUGGUCAAUGCCGAUUGGAUACUCAGUUACUUCUACGCUAUACGUAUCUACCACUUUCGAUAUACUACGCGAAACGAAGAUCGCAACGCAAGACCAAAGGUAGUUAAACGAGCUCUCAAGUCACUCUUGGAAAUCGCCCAGAGAAUCUUUGCAAAGGGUGAUGAGGAGCAUUACGAAAGGCUCCAUUGGCCCUUAUUCAUGGCAGGGAUUGAAACCACGGAUACUAUACAUCGGGAAUGGAUCUUGGAAAAAUUCUCAUCUGGAAAGUUCAAGACUGUUUUGGAAAAGGUGUUGAAGAUUCAGCAUCUGAGUGGAACAAGGGUUCAUAUGUCUUUGGUUCGCGAGAUGUGCUCUAAGGAAGGGGAUGCUCCACGUGUUACUUUUCUUGGCUUUUGA